CACUCGUCUUUUUGUCCUUGCAUCUUGCAUGCGCGCUUCUUGGUCCCUUAGCACGUUUCGUUGGCGGGAUGCAUUUUUUUCCUCGUAAUUACUGCCUCCAAUGGGGAUGCUUGGGACGUUGAGACAAUAGAUGAAACAAAGCUUACCAGGUAGGCGCGGAUGGGCCAACAAAGGCGCAGCGCUUUGCCCGGACAAUGGGCUCUGAGCAUGUGCCUUUAUAACACCAAUGCUGCGCCUGCUGUUUUCUCGAACAUCGAUGUGUCCCAAUUUCGCCAGGUACCAAGUGCACAAACUACAACGCCCUGCCAGAGAUUUCAAAGGACUCAUGCUCCUUUUGCUAUGCUGAACCCUCGAAACAAAACAUCCUCUCGUUGAAGCCUGAGUCGUCGUCAUUCAAACCCGUCACAAUGGACAGUAAAACACUCUCCUCCCGCCUGCGGGAACUGGUCAAGUUCCUCGGCACCGUCAAAGGCGACCUCGCCAACGUCACCGGCCCGCCGUCUCUCCUCGCCCCAUUAUCUGUAGUCGAAGUGGGCCACUGCUGGGCCGAGCGCCCCUCCGUCUUCGCCGCCCCGGCCCUCGAACCCAACCCCUCCAAGCGCGCCCUGCUCGUCCUCCGCUGGUUCCUCACCGCCCUGCGCAGCCAGCUCUACAUCGGAGUCGACCACCACCACCGCCACCACCACCGCCAACACCACCACACCACCACCGCCCACAACAACAACAAAACCACCAACCCCAAAACCCAAACAACAGCGGCGGCGGCGCAGCAGCAAUCCAUACGCAAACCCCUCAACGCCUUCCUGGGCGAGCUCUUCCUCGCCACCUGGACCGACGAGUCCCGCAAGUGCACCACGGAGCUCGUCGCCGAGCAGGUCUCGCACCACCCGCCCAUCACGGCCAUGCACGUCGUCGACCGCGAGCACGGCGUCCGUGCCGACGGCUACGCCCGCGUCGAAAUGUCCUUCAACGGCAGCGUCAACAUCCGGCAGGUCGGCCACGCCGUCUUGCGCGUCGAUCGGUUUGAGGAGGAUUACUUGAUUCCGCUGCCGGAUGUGAAAGUGAGGGGUUUCUUGUCUGGGUCUUUGUAUCCCGAGAUUUCGGGGACAUAUCACAUUGUGGGCAGCGGUGGGUUUGUGACGGAGUUGAAGUUUCGCGGGGAGGGGCUCGUGUUUCGGGGGAAGAGGAACGCGUUUGAGGCGAGGGUGUAUCACAAGGGAGAUGCCUCCAGGAGGGGGUUGUAUGAGGUGGCUGGGUGUUGGAGUGAAGGAUGGACGGUCAAGGACUGUAGUACCGGGGAGCUGGUUGAGGUGUAUGAGGUGGACGCGCCCGAGAAUGAUCCCGUGCCGAUGGAUAUCGAACCAGUUGACGCGCAGGAUCCGUGGGAGUCGAGGCGGGCGUGGGAUGGGGUGCUGCGGGGGCUGAGGACGGGGGAUAUGAGGCUGGCAGUGGACGAGAAGACAAAGAUUGAGCAGGCGCAGCGGCAGAUGCGGGCUAGCGAGGCCAAAAGGGGAGUGGCCUGGGAACCGCUGUUCUUCCGGUCACGGCCUGGCGAAGAGCACGACGUGUUCCACCGGUUGUCCGAGGGCCUGGGCUGGCAGCUGCACUAUGACAAGACCAAGGGUGUGUGGCGGGUGGACGACCACAAGGUGCAGAAUAUGCAGCGGCCGUUCCGGGGCGACCUGACGCCGUAUGGGUACUGAUGACUCAGAAGUCACGGUCUUUCGGUCUGCCUGCUGGUAUAUUUCAUCUUUUUUUGUUUCUUCUUAUUCUCGAUACCUUUUUUCUUUACACACAUAGCGUUGGCGUCGGGGUAACCGUUUAUAGAGGACUUAAGCUUGUAUUAGGAAGGCCCGAGAAGGAGUAGUGAACUCUCAUUCAACGGAUGAAGGUC